AUGUGGGGACUCCGCCUGGGUCUCUUGGUCGGCCUCCUGGGCUGCGUGGACAGAGCCUCCCCGAUGCUGGCGUCCAGCUGGGGCGGCCUGACGCACCUGUACACGGCCACGGCCAGGAACAGCUACCACCUCCAGAUCCACAAGGACGGCCUGGUCGACGGCUCCCCGCAGCAGACCGUCUACAGUGCCCUGUUGAUCAGAUCUGAGGGUGCUGGGUUUGUGGUGAUCACAGGAGUGAUGAGCAGAAGAUACCUCUGCAUGGACUUCAAAGGCAACAUUUUUGGUUCGCACCACUUCAGCCCGGAGAGCUGCCGCUUCCAGCAGCGCACGCUGGAGAACGGCUACGACGUGUACCAGUCCCCGCAGCACCGCUUCCUCGUGAGCCUGGGCCGGCCCAAGCGCGCCUUCCAGCCGGGCGCCAACCCGCCGCCCUACGCGCAGUUCCUGGCGCGCCGCAACGAGGUGCCCCUGGCGCGCUUCCACACGCCCGCGCCGCGCCGCCACACGCGCAGCGCGCACGACAACGGCGACGCCGACCCGCUCAACGUGCUGCGGCCGCGCGCGCGCCUCGGGCCCGCCGCCGCCGCCGCCUCCUGCUCGCACGAGCUGCCCAGCGCCGAGGACAACAGCGUGGUGGCCAGCGACCCGCUGGGCGUCAUCCGCAGCAACCGCUUCCGCACGCACGCGGCCGACCGCAGGUGCCCGCCCGUCUACGCCUAG